AUGCCAAAGAAGAGAGCUUCCAACGGUAGAAACAAGAAGGGUAGAGGUCACGUUAAGCCAGUUAGAUGUGUUAACUGUUCCAAAUCCGUUCCAAAGGAUAAGGCUAUCAAGAGAAUGGCUAUCAGAAACAUUGUUGAAUCUGCUGCCAUCAGAGAUCUUUCCGAAGCCUCUGUUUACGCUGAAUACGCUUUACCAAAGACCUACAACAAAUUACACUACUGUGUCUCUUGUGCUAUCCAUGCUAGAAUUGUUAGAGUUAGAUCUAGAUCUGACAGAAGAAUCAGAACUCCUCCACAAAGACCAAGAUUUAACAGAGAUAAUAAAGUUUCUCCAGCUGAUGCCGCUAAGAAGGCUUUAUAA